AAAAUUAUAAACAUUUAGUAAAAAUGGAUCAACAUGACGCGGAUCACUGCAAGUGUCACAAGCAGGCGGCGCCAGCGCAACAAACGCUAACUGAUAUGGAAUUCGAUCGCGGAAUCUGGAAUGCAGCCAUCUACAAUGAGCCGGAGCGCGUGCGCAAUUUCAUUGGCCGCGGCAAAUCGAUGGACCGCGAUGAUUUCGACUACACUGCGCUUCAUUAUGCAGCGCGCAAUGGCAACGUGGAAAUAUGCAAAAUGUUAAUUGAAGAUGGCAAAGCCGACGUGGAUGCCAUCACCAAGGCGGGCGCCACAGCCUUGCAUCGCGCUGCCAUGAUGGGUCAUCUAAAUGUUGUGAAAUUACUGGUUGCUGCGAAAGCUAAUCUCCAGCUGCAAGAUGAAUACGGGCAGACUGCGCUGCAUCGUGCUGCUAUCCGUGGACACUUGGAUGUUUGUAAAUUUUUGUUGGAGCAGGAUCCGAAAUUGAAGGAAAUCAAGGAUAAGAAAGAGAAAAUCCCCUACGAAUAUAUAAUGGAGAAUGCCAACGACGAUUUCAAAAUAUUACUUAAGCCUUAGAGUCGAAGUGAAGGAGCAUACAAAGUAACUAAAGCAAACAGAAAAUGCGACCGAAGCAUAAUUAGUUGAAAGAAAGUAUCAAGCAAAGACGCAAAAGCGAAAUCUUAGCUGCAUUUUUACACAGAGGCAUACAUUGAUUUCGAUGUGGUGCAAUUUGGUUAACAUAUAUACAUACAUAUAUGUAUAUUAAUCCGUUUUGUAGUAUUUUAUUAGUUUAAAAUAUAAGAAAACUGCAUUUUAUUUAGGAAACCAAAUACAUUUGUUUCGAAAGCAUUGUUGGAAUAAAAGUUUGGCAUUUUAGAUAUUUGGAUGUA